ACUCUGAGUGCAGCAUCAUGAAGGUAGCGGCAAUUUUGUCAAUCCUCAGUGCCUCGUUGGCACUUUCAUCAGCUGGUAACGUUGUGUGCUACUUCACCAGUUGGACCAUCUACCGAGAAGGCGAUGGAACUUUUGCCGCUAAAGAUGUAGAUCCAACUCUGUGCACACACAUUCUUUACGCAUUCGUUGGCUUGAAUGAAGAUGGUACUAUCAAUAUUUUGGAUGACUGGGAAAUAACCGGAUUGGAGGAGCUUGCGCAUCUGGUCAGUCUGAAGGAACAAAAUCCAGAUCUGAAAAUACUUCUGAGUAUGGGAGGAUGGAACGAAGGAUCGACCACGUAUUCAGAAGUUGCUGGAGAUGAAACCAAGAGAGCGACUCUUGUUGCAGACGUCAUUAGUUUUCUGGAUGAAAAUCAAUUUGAUGGUUUUGAUCUCGAUUGGGAGUAUCCUGGUCAACGAGAUGGCGAUGAGUGGAAUGACCCUCCAAACUUUAUUCAACUACUGGGUGAAUUAAAAACAGCUCUUAAUGCUAAAGGCUACAUUCUCUCAGCUGCUGUAUCUGGUGGUGUUGGCUCCAUUGAUACGUCGUACCCUGAUGGACAAGCUGUUUCAGACGUUUUGGAUAUGAUCAACGUUAUGACUUACGACUAUCACGGUGAUUGGGAAUCUUGGGUCGGUCACAACGCUCCCUUAUACGCAUCUCAUUUGGAUGAAGACGACAAUGCACUUCUCAAUGUCGCUGCUGGCAUCCAACACUGGAUUGACAACGGUGCCGAUCCCAAAAAAAUUAAUAUCGGUAUUGGUACCUACGGACGUACUUUCACCUUGGCGGAUCCUUCCAAUACUGAACUAUACGCACCCGUUUAUGGUACUGGAGAACAAGGCCCCUACACUGAAGAAGCAGGAAUGUUGGGUUACAACGAGAUUUGUGCUCUGUACAGUGACUGGGAAGAAACCUGGGACGAUGAACAAAAGGUACCCCACAAAGUAAAUGGAGACCAGUGGGUUGGCUAUGAUAAUGUGGAAUCUGUGAAACUAAAGAUCGACUUUGCUAACGAAAAGGGUUUGGGAGGUGCUAUGGUCUGGUCUUUGGAUACCGAUGAUUUUAAGGGCAUCUGUGGAGAAAAAUAUCCUCUUUUGAAAGCAAUUAAUGAAAAUUUGAACUGAUUUAUAAUAAUUUGUAACUACGGUGAAUAAACGAGUCUUAAUAUAAAA